AGGAUGAUGGUUUCCCUCCCCUUAUUUUAACACACUUGACGGCGCCAUUUUAACUCAGUUUCUUCCUGAACUUUUUCAGCUGUUACGACUUUUGUCGGAUUACUGAAAUAAACACACAUGGGUGCUUGCUUAGCACUGAGUUCCCUUGCCAGCUGUGCCUCCUGUUUGUGUGGCUCGGCCCCCUGCCUCCUCUCAUCAUGCUGCCCAUCAACGUACAACUCCACCAUGAGCCGGCUGGCUUUCUCCUUCCUGCUGCUGCUUGGGACCCUGGUGUCUGUCAUUAUGAUUCUCCCAGGCAUGGAGGAACAUCUUAAAAAGAUUCCAGGUUUCUGUGUUGGUGGCAGCACCAUACCUGGCUUAGAGAACAAGGUGAACUGUGACAUCAUUGUUGGCUACAAGUCAGUGUACCGCAUGUGCUUUGCCAUGGCCUGCUUCUUCUUUCUCUUCUCCAUCAUCAUGAUCCGAGUGCGCAGCAGCAAGGACCCCCGAGCUGUCAUCCAAAAUGGUUUCUGGUUCUUCAAGUUCCUGGUGCUGGUUGGCAUAACUGUGGGAGCUUUUUUCAUUCCAGAUGGCAUCUUUACUACAGUGUGGUAUUACUUUGGUGUGGUGGGCUCUUUCAUUUUCAUCAUCAUCCAGCUCAUCCUGCUCGUGGACUUUGCCCAUUCGUGGAACCAGUCCUGGUUGGAGAAGGCAGAGGAAGGAAACCGCAAGUGCUGGUUUGCAGCUCUGAUGUCCGUCACCUUCAUCAGUUUUGCUUUGGCUUUCACUGCCGUUGUGCUCUUCUAUGUGUUUUACACCAAACCUGACGACUGCACAGAGCACAAGGUCUUCAUCAGCCUCAACUUCAUAUUCUGCAUCAUUGUGUCCAUUGUGGCCAUUCUUCCCAAAGUUCAGGAGGCUCAGCCCAGCUCAGGCCUGCUCCAGGCCUCCCUCAUCUCCCUUUACACCAUGUAUAUCACGUGGUCAGCCAUGACCAACAACCCAAACCGGCAGUGUAAUCCCAGCCUGUUGAGUUUGGUUCAGCCCAGCAGUCCAACUCCACUACCAGGACCUGCUUCUCCUACCCCUGCCCCAAACGUCCAGUGGUGGGAUGCGCAGGGCAUUGUGGGAUUGAUCAUUUUCUUGUUCUGUACUCUUUACGCCAGCAUCCGCUCCUCCAACAAUGCCCAGGUGAACAAGCUGAUGCAGACCGAAGAGGGUCAGGGCCUGACUGCCGUCGAGACGGUCACUGACGAGGCUGGAGUCCGACGGGCCGUGGACAACGAAGAGGAGGCAGUUACCUACAGUUACUCCUUCUUCCACUGCAGCCUCUUCCUGGCCUCCCUCUACAUCAUGAUGACUCUCACCAACUGGUACAAGCCUGACAGCGACUACCAGGUCAUGCAGAGUUCCAUGCCAGCUGUGUGGGUGAAGAUCAGCUCCAGCUGGCUUGGCUUGGCCCUCUACCUAUGGACCCUGGUGGCCCCGCUGGUGCUCCCUGACAGAGACUUCAGCUAAAAACAGUGAAGUCUUUCAGCAUGUAGCCGCUAGCCUCUUGCUGAUUGCACCUUAACGGGAGAUAGCUUUAGCAUCACACCGAUCUGCUUGAUUUUCUUCACAUUCGAAGAAUAAAUGGGUAUAUAAUUUGUUUUUAGCCGCAACCAUGUUACCUAAAUGCUGACUUUUUAUGGCUCGAGUUGGAAUUUGCAGUUUUACAGAAUCAUAUGAUUGUUUGUGUUGAGCUUUAAUGACACAUUCCAUUUUGUUUUCCACCUCAGGUUACUUUUUUCUAUUCCUUCCUCCACUGUUACAAAUACUCUAAAGAAGAGCACUACAUGCCAUUAAGACAAGAGCAAAUGUAACUUAGAUGACUCCUGUAAGGAAUUCAUGUUUAAUUUGGCUUUGUUUCAGUAUAUUUGUUAUUUGUUUCCUACUUUAUAUCAUUACCUUUAUAAUCUGAGAUUUAUAUGUUAAUCAUUUUUUAUGGCACAGCUUUGAUUAGUGCCCCGUUUUAUAACGAGAGUGCCUGAUUAUAUUUUGCACUGAAGUUCUUCAGAGGGACCAUUUUUGAUAUCUUUCAAAAUUUAUUUCAGUAAUUAAUUUCAGUUUAAAGUUACUUCCUUAAUAGGCUGUAUGUUGACUUUUCAUUCUAAUCAAUAUAGUUGACAAUCCGUUUUGUCACUAAUCAGUGUAGGCAACAUUUCUGUCCUGUAGGUGGGGCUGUUGUCCAUCAAAUUAGUCUUUCUUUGAAGAAAAUGCAUUUAGUAUCAUGAUGCUGAUUCAGACAUAUGUGCUGUAGAGGUUCUAAACCUGUAUAAGCUGGUCUUUUUAUGUUCCUGUACUUUGGGAACUGGGAAUAUUUUUCCUAGAAACAGCAAACACAAUGUCACCAAGUCAGGCCAGCAGGGGCUUGCAAAUGCUCCACUGCCCUCCCUCCAUUAAUCACAUGAUCCUGCUAAAAUGUGAUUUAUUGUGUUCCUUCGAUGCAGGAUUCCCCAGUGCAACACAAACGCAUACACAGUUGGCAAGUAGUGUAGAGGGAAUGUGUUUUUCCCCUAUCACAAGAUCACCAUGAGCAGGGAGGCUAACACAGCACUUCAUUAUACUUCACAAUGUUCAUUCAAGGCUUGUGUUGGCAAAGAAUGACCAGUCUCUGAAGUGAAGCUCAGAAACUAUACAACACUAUGUGUCUUUCUGCCCGCACAGCUACAAUAUAAUAUUUUCUUAUGGGUUCCCUUGUUUGUUUUUGGUUCUCUAAUCUUGUGUUUGAUAUUACAAAUAAAACCAGUUUAAGUGCAUUAUGAGUCAUCACAGCACAAGCAGAUUCUAUUCUCCUAAGAAACAUAGAAAACCUGACAGUCUAUGCAUCAGCAGAUAUGUUUUUGUGGUUAUUUCUGUCACAGCUGAUGAAUCAAAUUCAUUUGCAAUACUUAUAAUGCACCACAUAAACCAUGGUUACGGAUUAAAGUUGAGACACUCACAGAUGAAACAGAAAAUAGAAAUCGGAGGAGGGCACAAGAUGCAACAUUACCCGUUAUGCGGCCAAUCUUGUCAUUACACUUACUGCCUGAGAAAAAAGCAGAUGCUGUGUCCCUACAAUGUAUGGAAAAUCUUUUUGGUACAAAACUACUGUCCCUAAUGUCUUUUCUAAAAUACAAAAUCCAUAAUUUCUUAAAUAAAUUGACCAUACAAGCAGAGUGUUUUAUUUAUAAAGACAAAAAAUACAUAAAAACAUACAAUUUAUUCAAUAAGCUAAAUGUGGGUGGCUCUGUUGCCAUCUUGGCUUUGCCUGACUCCUGGCUAAUCCAGAAAUGGGUGAAAGAAUGGAUAGCACAUGGAUGUGAGGUGGUCUGGUGACUGAAACUUUACUGCCUGCCUUGGAGCUACCAAGCUAAGGCUAACACACUAGGUUCUAUCACCACUGUCUGUAUAGUAAAUAGGUUCACACAGAAUCUGAUUUUGGUGUUAUUCAUGUGUUUGAUCCAUGGGAGUGAAAAUAAAUCCACUAUUAACCCUGA